CGGCGGGCAGCGGCGCUGGCCGGGCUCUUUUGUUCAGGGCGGCGGACGGAGCGAGGCCAGGCCCGGACCCCCCCCCGACCGGCCUCCGCGCCCCUUCCAUCACACACCGGCGGCGGGGCUGUGCAAGCAGCGUCGCCCGAAAGCUGAAAAGCUGGCCAGCACAAUGGGAAAAAAACAGAACAAGAAGAAAGUGGAAGAGGUCCUAGAGGAAGAGGAGGAGGAAUAUGUGGUGGAGAAGGUCCUGGAUCGGCGGGUGGUGAAGGGAAAGGUGGAAUAUCUGCUCAAGUGGAAAGGAUUCUCCGACGAGGACAACACCUGGGAGCCUGAGGAGAACCUGGACUGCCCGGACCUCAUCGCAGAAUUCCUGCAAUCCCAGAAAACCGCCCACGAGAGCGAGAAAUCCGAGGGCAGCAAACGCAAAGCGGAGUCGGACACGGAGGACAAGGGGGAGGAGAGCAAACCAAAGAAGAAGAAGGAGGAGUCGGAGAAGCCGCGAGGUUUCGCCCGAGGCUUCGAGCCCGAGCGGAUCAUCGGUGCCACGGAUUCCAGCGGGGAGCUGAUGUUCCUCAUGAAGUGGAAGAACUCGGACGAGGCCGACCUGGUGCCCGCCAAGGAGGCCAACAUCAACUGCCCUCAGGUGGUGAUCUCCUUCUACGAGGAGCGGUUGACAUGGCACUCCUACCCCUCCGAGGACGACGACAAGAAGGAGGACAAGAACUAAAGCCCUCUCUCCCCGCUCUGGGCGGCCCUUGGUGGAGAGAUGCGGCCUGUGGGUGUGAGCAGGAGGGGAUUGGAGGCGGCUCUGCUCGGGUGGGACGUGGAGACGGCCGGAGAAGGUGCCCUUUGAAGAGACCAGUAUGGUUUCUGUGCCCCUGCAGCUGCUCCAGCGCUUCGUGCAGCUUUCCUGCUGUGUCCAGAUUCCAACCAGCCCGGCUCAAUUCGGAGGGGGAGGGAAAAACCAGGGGUGGGGGGGGAUAUGGGAGGGAUACGGGAGGGGGAUUUUUGGGGAGGGGGGGGUGCGUGGGAGGGGUUGUUGUUUCCCAGCAGCUCUUGGGGAGUGGAAGCAAAGCCCCUUUUCCAUGAAGGACUCAUCCUGGGGAUGCAGGGGGUGCAGAUGGAUACUGCUUCAUCUUCAAAGACCAUCUCAGCAACCCACGGCCUUCUUCCCACUAGUGUUAACUCUGCAUUUUUAAGGCGUAGCAUGUGUGUAGGUCUCUCUCUCUUUUAUUUUGUUCUUUUAUUUUGUUUUAUUUUCUCCUUUUUUUUUUUUUUCCUUUUUGUUUUCUUUUGCUAUUUACAGGUGUAAAGGUGUUUUUUUUUUGGGGGAGGGGUGGGAGGGACGUGGGGAAAUCAGUCUCGUUCACUGGGGAGGGAGAUGUGAGGUCUGGUGACAACGUUCCAGAUCGUUUCCAGAUCUUCUCUUUGUGUGUUUGUUUGUUUGUUUGUUUGGGGUUUUGUUUUGUUGUUUUGUUUUUUUUUUUUAACAAUGUGAAUUGAAAAAAAGAAAAAAAAAUUAAAAUUUAAAAAAAAAAAAGAAAAGAAAAAAAAGGGGAAGGGGGAGCAAAUAAAAAACAAAAAAGCCCAGUGUUGCUGACAGAACUGGGGAGACAGGGACAGAGACACGAGACUGAAACUGUGAAUGUCCAAAUCUCCAGAGCUGAGAAUCCUCAAAACCCUGCGAGCGAUUUUUAAGGGUUUGGGGGGGUGGGGGGUGUGAUGGUUUUUUGGGGGUGGGAGGGGGGGGGGAGACUUGUGAAAAUGCCAACUUGUGAUUCUGUAUUGUCCUGCAGCAGAACUGCCAGUUCCUGACACAUGCAUUGUAUGGGGGGGGUGGGAGGGAGGGGGAUGGAUCUGAACCCUUUUCAAGCCUUUUCUACCCUUCUUUCCGUUCUAAGGUGCUAUUUCUCAAAAAAAAAAAACCAACAAAAAAACAAAAUUAUAUGGGGUGGGGAGGGAGGGGAAAGAGACUUCUGAGCACUCUCGUUCUUUUUGUCCCAGUGAUUUGUUGUGUCCAGCCCAAGCAGCACAGGGAGCUGGGGGAGGGAGAGGGAAAAACCCAACAGCAGCACAAGGAAAAAAAAAACAAACCAAACCAACCCCCCUCAAUCCCAUCUUGCCCCCAAAGAGGUGGUUUUUGGGGGGAGGUCGGUGCCAAAACGACCCCGACCUUCGGAGGGGGUUGAUUUUUUUUUUUUUUUCUUCAAUUUAAAAAAAAAAAAACCCAACCCUCAGAUUUAUUACAAAUACUGAAACUUAUUUAAUUUUUCUGGGGGGGGGAGGGGGGGAGUCCCGAGCCCCACCAGAGUCCUGGCACCUCCUCCUUGGGGCGGUAUCUCUCUCUUUAGACCUGCAUUGUACAAACCUUUUUUUAAAAAAAGAUUUCGUGUGCUUUUAGGUUUCUGUGAAAACGUCGUUUAAAUGUAAAGUACGUGUUUGGAUUUUAACUUCAUACCGAGCUCUGUCAGUUUUUUUGUCUCAAUAAAAUUUUAGAUUUAUAAUCCUGA